CAACUUUAAAACAUUUAUUGGAAAUCUCUUGGCACUUAUCCCUCCACUUCACAAAUAUUAUUAACCUUUUCUGGUAUCUUAUUCAUUUUGCUUUAAAAAUAUUUUUCUUUCUUUUGCUGCUAAACGAUGAGACAUAUGUAGCUUUAAUAAUCUAUAAAAAGUCAUAGCUGGGUACAAAGGCACAUUCCUUAUUUGGCCAGAAGCAACGGGGCUGAGUGUCUCUUUCCAAGAUCAGGAGCUGUGUCUGAGUCCUUGUCGUCAGCUCCAGAUAGCUGGGCCUUCUCGGUGAUGUCACUGUCUCCACAGUUCUCUCCCUCUGGGCUGACUGUGACCCCCCUCACUUAACAGUAUAUGAGGGCUGAAAACAGUUUUCAGCCUCCUCUUCUCUGAUACCAAAGGGGCUUCAGAACACUAAGAAUUUCCCUCAGAAAUAAGUUUCAUAAAAGUUCAACUUAACAAAAAAGAAAAAAAGGUCUUUUAAUUUAGAUUCCACGGAGUCUGUCCGUCUGUCCACUGCAACCACGCUCUCCUUACUCCGUAUGGCAUCAUACAGGAAUGACUGUUUCUGCUCCACUACUCUUAUCCUCACUGUUGAUGGGGUUUCAUCCCCUUCCUCCCUUUUGGAGUGACUGAGGGGUGGGGACCCAGUUGUCACCACCACGGGGAAGGGGAAGGCACUCCUGCUUGUGUGCUCCCAGGUCAGGGGCUCUGCUUCACAGAGCAGGCACACUCCCUAAGGAGGCCACUGCUCUACACAGAACGCCAUGUUGUGUCAGAAUGUCAUCGUUGACAGGCUCCCAGCAGGAAACGGUUAUUUAUAGACUGAGUGUAUGAAUCCAUUUGGGUAGGAGGAGGUGGCUGUUCCCUUUGUGCCUCUCAGUGCUUUUGUCACAUACGGGUUACAGUCGGCCAACGCUGAACACUAGUAAUGGUCUUCCCUGUUCUUUAGAAUUCCUCUUCCCUAAAGUCCUCCGUCAUUCAUUUUAACCAAUAUGGAAUCAACAGAGAAACUAGGCUUCUCCUCUAAGUACCUAUUCUGCACAGGUCCUUUUAAAGCACCAUUGAGAAUGGAAAAACAAAAAAAGAAAAGCUGUUUGGUAAGUUGUUGCCUUCACAGAUCACUAGGGAAAGCCUAAAACCACAGAAAGCACAAAACAUGGACCUGCGCUCACGCACAGAGCUGGCCUUAAAGAAUUUGAUCAGAUAAACUGCUGUGGAGACGUAGGAAAAGCUGGCGUGAGAAGAUCUGGAGAUUGGAUGCACGCCGUGAUCCCACACUGAGGCAGGAGUGUCAGCCUGAACUACAAAGUGAGUUCAAGGGCAGCCUGGGCUAGAGUGAGACCCUGCCUCAAAAAAAACCAAUGAACAAAAGCCACAGUAGUGGCCUGGAGAUAUGAUUCGGGGCACAUUAAAAAAAAGUGGGGAGAGUGACCAGGAAGAAUGGCAAAAUCAGGACAAAGUGACAUCCAGUAGACAUACAAUGGAGUGAGCGACUGAAUCAUGGUUGUGCUGUCCCAUGAAAGCAUUCCCAAGAACACUGUCCUGUUCACUGUUCUGCUGCUGUGAAAAGACAGGAUGACCAAGGCAACUCUUAGAAGAGAAAACAUGUAGUUGGGAUUGCUUACAGAUCAGUUCAUUCUCAUCGUGGGGAAGCAUGGCGGCAGGCAGGAAGACACGGUGCUGGAGAAGUAGAUGAACGUUCCACACCGGGUUCUGGCAGCAGAAAGAGGGCAACACUGGGCCUCACUCCAAACCCCUUCCUCCUUUAAGGCCACACCUCUUCAUCUCUCUCAAGUAAUGCCGCAUGCUGAUGGCUGAGCAUUCAAAUACAGGAGCCUGAGGGGAGCACUCCUAUCAAGCCACUGUGAGAGGACUCCAGACUUAGCAGGCCCUGAGGCCUUAGCACAACUGAGUUCAUGAUGGAAGGACCAUUCAGGCUGUGAAACUCAGCAGACAGACAGCAUCACCUGCCAACACGAAAACAAAGGCCUAAUCCAUCAAAAUCCAGAGUUCUGGGAAAGGUUCUAAAUGUACUGACCUUGCUUCUUAGCUUCUGUGGUUUGCUCUCAGGUAGGGGUUAGAAAAAUCACUGAAGAGAACAACGUGAGACUCAUGUUAUUUCUGUUGCAGGAAAAAUGAUUCUGCGGAUGGUUCUCACAGAAGGAAUUUCUCCCCCAGAGAACAGAGCGGGUGGGGAAGAACAGGAAAGGUUACUUUUCUCUACCCUAGCGAACCAGGAGAGAUAAAGGAGCUGCUCUCCUCCCAGGGAGGGCUGAUAGCAUUCACUGAUGUCUUUAACACUGAGCUGAGGCACUUUCAGUCAGGAGUGUCUUCCACAGCUGAACACAAGCCGGAGGGCAAAUAACUGCUUCCUUCCACAGAUCUGUCACCAUGAAGGUGACCUUCUCUGUUGCCGUCCUUGUUCUAGCCAUCUCAGUGUGGACUUCCUUUGCAGUUGAUUUCUUCCUUCCUAUGGGCUUUCACACGACGGAGGAGCUUCUGAAAGAGACAAAGGCCCUGUGCGUGAAGAAUGUACAGAUGUGCUGGAUACUUACCUACUUCAAGCUCAGUGAGCCGAUAUGUGGCAGUAACCAGGUUACCUACAAUGGCGAGUGCCAUCUCUGCUCCGAAAUUCUAUUUGAAGACAGAACUAUAAUUAAAGUGCAUGAUGGGCCAUGUGAAACCUCCUCCGAUUAGUUUGGACAAAAAUAAAAGUUACUGAGUUCCCGGAGAGCACAUGGAGCAUGAUUGACUCUUCGAAGAUACCCAAUUCGGGAGACAGGGUCUGGCGUUCAGUGGUAGAGUGCACUAGUGUGCAGGAAGCCUUGGGGAGUGUUAAAAGAGAGCAGCUCCUUGAGAGAACACUUUGGUAGUAGAAGAUACUUGGAUCAAAUUCAUUGAUUUGUUUCUUCAAUAAAUGAUUCUCAGCAUAAA